AUGAACAGCAAUGAGCUGGCCCAGCAGCCCCAGGGCUCCUGCUCCCCCUCCUGUGGCUGCUGCUGCUGCUGCCCAGUCACUUCUUUACCCUGGAACCUCAGACAGCUGCCCAGGACUGGUUCUCUCACCUCCUGUCAUGUUACCUUUCUUGCCGCCUCCCACUUUACCUCUGAUCUCGCUUCCUUCUGUUACCUCCUCUUCCCCUACCCCUUCCCUGGAUCUCGUGGCCACGCGGCCCCUCCUGUCCCGUCUCCUGUUACAGCUCACGUCUCUCUCUUAUUUCUCCCAGGUUGUUACUGCCAGGACAGAAAUCCAGAAUGUGGACAGCCUUUUCGAAAAGGGAAGAUCCUCGGGGGUCAGAAUGCCCUCAGAGGGAAAUGGCCAUGGCAAGUGAGCCUUUUCUUCAGGGGUUUCCACAUCUGUGGAGGUUCCAUCCUGAGCAAGUACUGGGUGCUCACGGCUGCCCACUGCUUUGACCAGGCCCUGAAUUUACUGGACUACUUCGAGGUGUAUGCAGGCUUCACGGACCUCAGGAAGAGCGGUCGGCAAGGUCAGAGGCGAGAGAUCACGCAGGUGAUCAUUCACCCAAGAUACAAGUUCACUCACCCCAACGGAAAUGACAUCGCCUUGGUGCAGCUAAAGCGCUCUUUGAAACUCUCUGCCCUUGUCCUCCCUAUCUGCCUCCCCACGUCCACCAUCAAUCUGGAAAUGAUGGACACGUGUUGGGUGACAGGGUGGGGAAAGAUGACAGAGUCAGGUAGAACAGUAAACAAGCUUCAAGAGGUUCAGGUACCCCUUCUUGAUCAGUUUUGGUGUCAAAUCCUCUAUGGAAGCAUGUUCCUCAUCCAGGAAGACAUGAUAUGUGCCACUGACAUAACCCAUGGGAAGAGCCCGUGCCAGGGCGAUUCUGGAGGACCCCUUGCCUGCAAAUUCAACGACACCUGGGUCCAGAUUGGGGUGGUGACCUGGGGCAGAGGCUGUGACAUGCCUUUAUUCCCUGGUGUUUUUGCUCGAGUUCCUUACUUCUCAACAUGGAUCUCAAGUACCAUGAAAUCCGUGGUCAUCUCCAGAUCAACAACCAUUGUCAGUUCCUGGACAACUCUCCCAACUCCACUGCUGUUUCUCCAUGUCCUGAGAAUCCAAUGACUGUCCCAUCUGUCUUUCCUCCCUUCCUAGCAUCUUUAGAAACCUUCCUUCUUCUUCCAAAUCCCUUCUCAACUCUUACAGCUUCAACAAGACCUCCCUUCUUCUUUUCACUUCAUCUGCCCUGUCUUCAUGCUAACCCUCCCCUCUGCCUCCCCUGGAUGGGAGGUGGUAGUAGUGAGGGAGAUAGAUGAAUGCUGGGUCCCAGAACAGAUAAGGUAUGAGAAGGCGAUGAUGGGGAACUGGGUUCUAGUUUAUGGAAGGGAAGAGAAAAGCCAAGAUCUGAGUCUCCUUAGACAACUAGGAAUCCUGGCUAGGGUGCUGGAAACAGUUCAUUGAGCCUUAAUAAGGACUGAGACUCCAAUGAUCUAAUUAAAGUGUUGUAAAGUAGAAAGCAGUGGAGUUCUGCAUUUGU